CAAAAGGCUCAAUCCUAAUCACUAAUUACCGUCUCUCCUCUCCUUCCUUUCUUCUCCGAGUUUCGGUGAUCCAUCCCACUCUCAGCUAAUGAAGAUCCUCUGCGACGUCUGUAAUAACCACGAGGCUUCCCUAUUCUGCACCGCCGACGAGGCCGCCCUCUGUGAUGCCUGCGACCAGCGCGUCCACCACGCCAACAAGCUCGCCUCCAAACACCAACGCUUUUCUCUUCACCGCCCUUCUCCCAACCAUUUCCCUCUUUGUGAUAUUUGCCAGGAGCGAAGAGCUUUCGUGUUCUGUCAACAGGACAGAGCAAUUCUGUGCAAAGAUUGUGAUGUGCCAAUUCACUCGGCCAACGAGCACACCCAGAAGCAUAAUAGGUUUCUUCUAACGGGGAUUAAGCUCUCUGCUGCUUCUACGCUUUAUUCACCAUCAACUACCAAUUCCGUCUUGACGAAUGGUUCUGAUUCUGUGUCUAAUUCCAAGACGCAGAAUAUAGCUAAGAACUCUGUUUCUGCUUCUUCUGCCAUCUCACAUCCCUCUUCAAUGGACAAGGCUUCACCUUCAACAGCAUCAACAUAUGCCACGCCCACGAUUAAUAAGGCUGGGGGAAACUUGUUAACGAACGAAGGGAUUGUUUCCUCAAGUAGCAUAUCUGAGUAUUUGAUAGAGACUCUCCCAGGCUGGCAGGUCGACGACUUUCUCGAUUCUUCUUCCGUUCCGUUUGGCUUCAGUAAGAGUGAUGAUAUGUUGGCCGUGUUCAACGCUGAUGUUGAGAGAAAUAUGUGUUCUUUCUCGCCCGAGAGUAUGGGGAUCUGGGUUCCUCAAGCACCCACUACUCUGUUUACCCAACAAGUGGAUCGGCAGAUCAAGUUCCAAGAGAGAAAAGAGGCGACCAAUAUUGAGGCCAGCAGAUCAAGGUCGAGGGAUGAUAAUUUCAUAGUUCCACAAAUUAACCCUCCUACUGGGUCAAAGAGAUCCAGACUUCUUUGGUAGAAACAAGCCUCAAAAUCGAAUCUUGUUCAGAACGCAGCCUUUGUAUCAUCCUUUUUUAUUUCUUUUUUUGGGUUUUUUUUGGGGGGGGGGGGGUGGUGGUGUUGUCUAUUCCCUCCUCUUUUCUUUUGUUUCUCCGCAUCUGCCUCUAUCUGCCUUAAUUUUCAUGCUACCCUUGUUUUUAUAAUGUUAAUGUUAAUUUGGUUUCCUUUUGGACUGUUUGUGACUUGUACUCUGCUUCCCAGCAGCUGCGCUGUAAGCUGAUCGUUUUGUGCUUCUCUUUCCUACUGUAUUUGCAGAAUCUGCAAACACCAUUGUAUAUUUGAACAUUCAUAGAGUUUUGCAGGCAUUCUAAAUAGUUUUCCACGUGUUA